UUCAGCCGCGGUAGUGCUGGAUACAGGCUGCAAAUCUAACUAGCUGUUAUCUUAUCCAUAUACACAUUUCUAUUUUUAAUAAUACACAUUAUAAUUCUUCUUAAUGCUGGAAAGAAAGAUUUAACUGCGUUGUUCAGUUUAAUGCGUUCUGAAGUCUGACAAUAUGAGCGAGACAUCAUCAUCUGUACGGAUGGCAUCGUCAUCCAGCCAUUCAUGGCGUUACCGCACACGUGCCUUAACCUCACAAGUGGACGAGACUCUAUUUGGAUCAGUCAAAAAGCAGACUACAUCUGAAGGUAAAGAUGCUGCAAAAAAGGGCACUUUAAACUCCAGGAAACCGUCUCACUCCGCCCCGGCUACCAAAACACAGAAACCGGAGACAAUCCGCAUCGUCACCAAGGAUCUCAUCAGAGACUUGAGAAAUCCAGAUAAGGACCCAUCUGACCAGUCUAUCAUCCUCCGUCUGACUGAAAUCGAGCGCAUCAAGACCAAAUCGCAUAUCCUAACAAAAGAGGAGAAGGAAGCGUCAUUGGAACGCCAGCGCAUUGAACGAGAAGAAGCCAUGGUUGCUGCAGAGGAGAGGAAGGCACUCAUGUGUCAGGCAGACAUGUCCCGUCAGAAGAACCAAGGCCUUAGCGAGUUGGAAGCUGAGGCUAAGGAGCGCGCUCAGUACCUGCUUGAGAGGGCUAACACCCUGAGAAUGGAACAAGAGGAUGAAGUCAAGAAGCUUAAUGAGCUGAUCCUGGGGGCUCAGUGUCACGUGGUGAGAGAUGCUCAGAUUCUAGAGAAGAAACAGAUCGAGGCUGAGCUGCAGGAGGAGGAGCGACGGCUGGAUGCCAUGAUGGAGGUCGAGCGUCGCCAAGCACUUGCGACUCAAGAGCAGAUCGAUGAGCUGCGCAAGCAACAGAGGAUUCAGGGGAAGAUGUGCAUCAUUAAACAGAUCGAGGAGCGCAUGGAGGAGCACAUGCUGGAUGAUGAGCUGAAGGAACAGGAAGGGCAGCAGAUGCUGAAGAACCUGGAGAGGCUGCAGAUGGAGGAAAUGGAGGCUAUAGAGAAGAAAAAAGCAGAGCAGAGAAGGUUAAAGCAUGAGAUUCUGAAGAUUAACCAGGAAAGUCUUCGGGCCAGGGAGCGCAGAAAAGAGGAGGAACGGCUGGCAGAACUUCAAGCUCUGGAAUAUACUCGCAAAAAAAUGGAACGAGAGGCAAAAUAUGAGGCUGAACAGAAGCGAAUAAAGAGAGAGAAGGAGAAGGACGUGGCACGGCUGAGGGCUCUUCAGGAAAGAUACAAAGAUCAUAAAGCUGAACAGGAUGAGCUCAGGGCUCGUAGGAACCAGGAGGGUGCUGAAAGGGAAUGGAGGAAGAAGGAGAAAGAGCAGAUCAAAAAGAAGCUGGAGGAGGAGGAGAGGUUAAAGGUUGCUCGUCUACAGCAGGUUGUCCAUAAGGAGCGCAUGCUGUCUAUCGAGGCCGGGCGGGAACGGGCCGAGUUCGAGAGGGUUCUAAGGGCCCAGCAGGAGUCCAUCGCAAAAGAAAAGGCAAAAGAGGAGCACCAUCGGCAGCAAGUUCAGCGCCACGCUGAGGGUGUGUGGCGUCAGGUCCGAGAGCAUGAGGCGCAGGCCAUUGCCCGGCGAAGAGAGCUCUUCCGCGAAGGAGAGAAGCUGGACGAAGAGGCCCGCAGCCGCAGAGCCCGUCUGGAUGAGAUUAAAGAGAAAAAGCUAAAGGAACUGAAGGCAGCUGGGCUUCCAGAGAAAUACUGCAGCGAGGUGGAGCGGAAGAUACAUACCUUACCCGCCUUGGUGCUUUAAAGAACAAAGAAAUAUAUGAACAGUGUGUGUGCAAGUUAAAGACAUUUGGAAUUUAUUUUAAAAUGUCAUGAAAUAAAAAUAAUCUCUGGUUAAGGUA